AUGGGGCGGGCUCGCGCGUGGAGGAGGCCCCCAUCUCGGGCUCAGGGCACGCAGGCACACAGGCACACAGGCACAUGUGGCAGGGCAGGGCAGGGCGGCAGCUGCAGAGGCAGGCCUCUUCUGGGCUGGGACUCGUCGAAAGCCGCCACACAAGGUCGUGAUGUCGCGGUGGGCUUGCAGCACGGAGGGCAGGUCAGAGCCCUCGGCGUGCGGCCGAGAGACCCUUUCCCAAGCCGGGCCGCCUUCCGCGACGCGUCUCCCGCUCUGUUGUUUGGGCAGUGCAUUCGACUUGACGCGAACUCGACACAUCUCGGCUCUCCUUUCUGCCUGGGAAAAUGCCGGUCGGACGCGCGUGAGGUUGUGUCUCCUGUCCUCGCCAUGUCGCCUGCAUCACCAAGGGCUUCCUCCAUCCUACCCCGGCUGAACCUCAAUCAUGCGCAAUGCAGGGCAGUGUGCUCAGAGGCCGCCACCGUUGCCAUCAUGGCUGGCCCAGGCAGCGGAAAGACGCAUACUCUAACCUCACGUGUCGUCUGGCUUGUUGAUGCCAUGGGCUACCAGCCGCAGGAUGUUAUUGUCGCCACCUUCACUGUCAAAGCCGCUCGCGAGAUGCAGGAGCGCAUCGGUAAAGCACUGGGGAACGGCCGCGAGAAGAGGAUGGUCCUCGGCACCUUCCACAGCAUUGCCCGUCGCUACUUGGCGGCAUACGGCAGACACAUUGGUCUGGAUCAGAAGUUCGCCAUUGCCGAUGAUGGUGACUCAAGAGCCAUCAUCAACCGCAUUUGCAAACGGCUGCAGCUGGGCAUAGACCCUGUCCAGGCACGUGCAUGGAUCAGCAAGAAAAAAGCCAGAGGAAAAGAGUGGAAGCCCACUCCGUUUCAGAGAAAGCGCAGCGCUGAGGCAGCAGAAGGGGCCAAGUCCUUUGAGUUGUGCUACAAGGAGUACCAGGACCACCUCCAGAGGUCCAACCUCCUCGAUUACGACGACCUCCUUACCCGGUGCGUCGAGCUUCUCCAGAUGCACCCGGCCUGUGUCUCCAAUGUAGAUGCCGUGCUCAUCGACGAGUACCAAGACACCAACGGCAUCCAGUAUGAGCUCAUGCGCCUUCUGGCUCAAAAACGAAACAGGAUCACUAUUGUCGGUGACCCUGAUCAGAGCAUUUACGGGUGGCGAUCGGCAGAGAUCAAGAAUCUCCAACGCCUCUUUGACGACUUUCCCAACACAGACCAGAUAUCCCUUGAACAGAACUAUCGUUCAUCGCAGGCCAUUCUGGCCACGGCUCUGAGCGUCAUUCAGCAGGAUUCGAAUCGGUACGAGAAGGUUCUUAAGCCCUUUCACGACAAGGGGACACGGCCCACGUUGAGGCGGCUCAAGAGUCAAACGAAGGAGGCACAGUGGAUUGUCAAGGAAAUCGGCCGGCUGCAGUUGUUGUCUGGUGGUAUGCUGGGACACGGCGAUGUCUCCAUACUCCUCCGCUCGGCAUCUCUUUCCAGGAUCAUUGAGUCUGCUCUGGUUCAGGCUGGGAUUGCUUAUAAGAUGGUCGGCGGCGUCAAGUUCUACGAUCGCCUCGAAAUCAAAAUCCUCCUUGAUUACUUGAGAGUGGUCCAUCAGCCUGCAAACAACGACGCUCUUGCAAGGAUUCUCAACGUUCCCAAGCGCGGUGUGGGAGAGCCUACCAUCAAGGCGCUGGUUGAAGAGGCCGAGCAGUCAACCCUAAGUCUAUGGGCUUUGCUGGUCAAGCACUGCCGCGGAGAUCGUCUAGCCAAGACCAACAUUAGGAAGCCAACGGAACACAAGAUAAGCGGCGAGGUCAUUCGUCUCAUCUUGGACAUACAGAAAAAGAUGGACAGUUCAACAGACGAACAGCCUUACGGACUGGUAGACAUUAUCGACGAGGUUGUAACGAGAGUCAACCUCCAACGGCACCUCAAAGAGAUCGACAACGACACUGACAAGUUCGAACAAAGGUGGGCCAACAUACAGGAAUUCCGAGCUCUUGGGAUAGAUUUCAACCAAGGUCUUAACGGAGACCAAGAGGAAGUGCUUCCCGAGGUCGAUGGGCUAGAAAAGUCGGAAGAUUCUGAUGUGCUAGCCAAAUUCCUAGCCAAUGUGGCACUGGUGUCAGACUCCCAGAAGAAAGGCCAAGAACAAGAUGCGACUUCCAUGGUCACGGUUUCCACUAUACAUGCCGCAAAAGGGCUUGAAUGGCCCAUUGUCUUUAUUCCGGGAGCUUAUGACGGUAUGAUUCCACAUGUGCGUUCUGAAGACAGCAACGAGGAGCGCCGACUACUCUACGUUGCCAUGACUCGUGCAAAGGCGUUGCUUUACAUUAGCUGUCCAUUGUCUAGCUCAUCCAGCGGCAAUGUAGAGCUGUCGCCAUUUAUCGAGCCAGUCGCGACCACAUUCGCCAAGAUUGGGCCAGACCUCGAUGCCAACAAGCUGGAAGCGAUCGGGAGGAUUCUGGGACGCGACGUCCCCUCGCAAGAAGUAAUCUAUGGCAACCUUCCAGAGGGCUUUAGCCCCAAUGACGACCUUUUCCCAGCAGACCCCAGCCAACAAGUCACCGCAGACGACAACUCAGGGUCGUGGGAUGGCCUUGUCUAUCAGGACUUUGGUCGGAAACGUCCUCGACUCGCUGGCCAGAAUGGCAGUUAUGAUGGCGACAAAGAGCCGCAAUGGGCAAGGGUGCACGCCACCGCGAUGAACCAGCCAACGACCUUCACGAUGGUGUCGCAGCUCGGCUCAGUGACAGCAGUACCCUGCGAGGCAAACAGGCCGUUCGAUGCAGUAGGGGAUAACACAGCUGCUGUUACUUUCUUGAAGCGGGGGACAACAGCGCAUCCAGCCGGCCAAGGCACUCUUCUGGGAUUUGUCAAGAGGGACUCUAGCCCAGCCUUGGGUAAAGCCGACAUGGUUGCACCAGCUCUGCCGCGAUCCAAUAUGGCACGUGUACAGCGAGAUGAAGGGAGCAAGACAGUGGCCCGUACCUCCCAAGAUGCUACCAGACGGCCACUGAUAGACCCUAGUCUGCUUCAUCACAAGGUAAGCAGCUUGAAGACAGCGGGCCACAAACUACCCAAGAAGCAGCAGCCCAAGUCCGGGAAGCAGUACCCUCAAUUUUCCAGUUCUCCACCUCGGCCUCCAACGCCAGACGCAUGCGUCGCAUCCGGCAAUGCAGAGGACAACAGCGAGAACAUUCCUGAGGAGGCAUCGCCUCCUGCAAAGCCUCCUGCCGUCAGCGUCCACAGUACAACAAUGCGGAAGUUUGCAAGUGGUGUGCGCAGACCCCCUGGAUUGGCAGUACCUCGUAACGAAGCUGCGGCGUUGCAAAAAUUGCGCAAGCCUUUCAAGCCCCUCACGAUGAGUCGCCCAAAAUAA